UUAUAUAUGCAAUGAAGUUAUCGAUCGACCAAAUCGAAUCAGUGUUUAGCUUUGCGCACAAAAGACUCAGGGAGCGAAGUGAUCAUGAUCUCGCAGUUCUUUGUGCUGUCGCAAAGAGGCGACAACAUCGUCUUCCGCGAUUAUCGUGGUGAUGUACAAAAAGGAAGUGCAGAGAUAUUUUUCCGUAAAGUGAAGUUUUGGAAUGAGGAUGGCGAAGAGGAGGCACCCCCUGUCUUUAAUGUGGAUGGCGUGAACUACUUCCACGUGAAGGUUGUUGGCUUGCUCUUUGUUGCAACCACAAGAACCAAUGUGUCACCUUCUCUUGUCUUGGAACUUUUACAAAGAAUUGCACGUGUAAUCAAAGACUACCUUGGGGUUCUCAAUGAAGAUUCAUUCCGAAAAAAUUUUGUGCUUGUGUAUGAGUUGCUCGACGAAGUUGUUGAUUUUGGUUAUGUGCAAACAACAUCCACUGAAGUCUUGAAGUCCUAUAUAUUUAAUGAGCCAAUUGUGGUUGAUGCUGCACGUUUGCCAACUCUUGGCCCUGCUUCCAUUUUUAUGCAAGGAUCAAAAAGAAUGCCAGGGACAGCUGUCACAAAAUCUGUUGUAGCGAAUGAACCUGGGGGUAGGAAGAGGGAGGAAAUUUUUGUGGAUAUUAUUGAGAAAAUUAGCAUUACAUUCAGCUCAAGUGGAUAUAUACUGACCUCUGAGAUUGAUGGCACUAUUCAAAUGAAGAGUUAUCUUACUGGCAACCCAGAAAUCCGAUUAGCUCUUAAUGAGGAGUUGAGCAUUGGACGAGGCGGGAGGUCACUCUAUGAUUAUGGUGGUUCUUCUGGGUCAGGAGCAGUGGUGCUAGAUGAUUGUAAUUUCCAUGAAUCUGUACAUCUUGAUAGUUUUGAAGUUGACAGAACUCUGACUCUGGUUCCGCCAGAUGGUGAAUUUCCUGUCAUGAAUUACCGUAUGACCCAGGAAUUCAAGCCUCCUUUUCGAAUUAACACUUUGAUUGAAGAAGCUGGACGACUUAAGGCUGAAGUGAUUCUUAAGAUACGUGCUGAGUUCCCCUCAAGUAUUACUGCAAAUACAAUUGUAGUACAGAUGCCACUGCCAACAUAUACCACCAGAGUUAAUUUUGAGUUGGAACCUGGGGCAGUUGGACAAAUAACUGAUUUUAAGGAGUCAAACAAGAAGCUUGAAUGGAGUCUGAAGAAGAUUGUUGGUGGGUCUGAGCAUACUCUACGUGCAAAACUGACAUUUUCACAUGAAUCACACGGAAAUAUUACAAAGGAAGCAGGACCUGUCAGCAUGACUUUUACAAUACCAAUGUAUAAUGCUUCAAGGCUUCAGGUGAAAUACUUGCAGAUAGCAAAGAAAUCUAAAACCUACAAUCCAUAUAGGUGGGUGAGAUACGUUACUCAAGCCAAUUCUUAUGUUGCUCGUAUAUGAUGGAGGGAAGCCCCUUCUCCUUGUUCCCGUUUCCCAUUUUUUUUUUUUUUUUUUUGGGCACAAUGAUGUGUUUUUUUUAACUAGAUUUUAUUUUGCUCAAUAAUUAUAUUAAAAAAAAUUGUAUCCUAUAGAAACUGAUUGCAUCUUCUCCACAUUUUUCUUUUCCUCUCAAAAAAAAUAAAAAAAUAAAGUUGACAAUCUUUUGUGGAAUGAA